AAAUUUCAGAUCACGUCAGUUUGAUUACAAAAUGGGUAAUCAGUACCAUAAACCGAGAGCAGUUAGCGAUGACGAGAUUGAACCAUAUACUCGUCAGAAGGGUGAUUCACCCUAUACGCGAUCAGGCUUACCACCACCAUCGAUUAUUCAGAAGAGUGACAAAGUGCCACAUUUGAAACAUGAACCAAUGAGUUUAGAACUGCAUAUGGCUGACGAACGGGCGCGAGCAGCAGGUCUUACUCCUGCUGAAAGAGAAUGGCGAAAGAAAUGGGUUCUAGAUCAACAGCUUCAUCCGGACGAACCAAUCCAUGUUGAUGCUGUACAUAGACAGCUUAAUCCUAUCCGCAUGUUGUACCGUACACCGAUGGAUAAGCUUUAUAAACAUUUCUUAAAGCCAACAUUUGGUAUAUUUUAUGGUUCACUGGUACGAGCCGUAGUACCAAAACUCUUUAUGGCGUGGAUUCUCAUCGAAGCUAGCUAUUAUUAUUGGAAGUAUGAAGUUAGGGGCUGGGAAACACUGCGAGGAAAUGAACGAAGCUAUCCUCGCGAACGUUUCUGGGAUAAUCAGGAGCUACGAGAGAAGCAUUCGGACUUAUUCAAAACGGGCAGACCAAUCCAACCAGAGCAUAAAUUCGAGCCGCCAUCAUUUACCCAACGCACUGCACUUUUGGAUCUGGGACCUCCAUCGAGACCCUGGUGACAUGUAACGUUCAUUUGUAGUUUUGAAGAUAGUAGGAUAAUAUGUCCUCCCAGCUUUGUUUUCUUUCUUUCAACAUUUGUUUAUAAAUUUCAAACUUAGGUUUCUCUUUAUGUUUCGGAAAUCCUGUAUAUUGGCAAAUGAUAUCGCAAUUAACCAACUGCAAUAAAUAAGC